GACCUAAAUCAAAAGUUGCAUAAAAUUUUUAAUAUUUAACUUAUUUAUGUGUGACAUGUCUUUUGGCUUUAAUAUAAUCAGUACCUUAUUUAUGGUGAGUGUAUGUUAUAAUUCAUCUUUUUAGAUUUCCGUGGCCAGCAUGGCUGAUGUGUAUGAGUCUGUGUUGUGCGUGAAAAAUGAAGUAUUUGUUUACAGAAUACCACCUCGUCCAUCUAACAGAGGAUACCGAGCCUCUGAGUGGAGCUUGGAUACCCCUGAUUGGACUGGAAGACUUAGGGUUGUAGCGAGAGGAAAGGAUCUGUUUAUAAAGCUGGAAGAUAAAACAUCAGGUGAAUUAUUCGCUCAGUGUCCAGUUGAAGCAUACCCCAGCAUUGCUGUUGAGCCAGUUAUGGACUCCAGUCGAUAUUUUGUCAUAAGGAUAAAAGACCCCAGUGGCAAAUCAGCAUUCAUUGGGAUUGGCUUUUCUGAUCGCUCAGACUCAUUUGACUUAAACGUUUCAUUACAAGACCAUUUCAAAUGGCUCAAGCAAGAAGAUGAGGCAAGCAAAGCAGCAGAGGAUUUGGAAAAAGGCCCAAAACUUGAUCUUGGCUUUAAAGAAGGGCAGACAAUAACCCUAAAUAUAGGGAGUAAAAAAGGUGAUGUUUCCAAACCCAAACCAAAGAGAGCAGUAGGAGGCCUUCUUCCACCUCCCCCAGGUCCAGGAAGUGUCAGGUUUCCUACUCCCCCUACAAAUCAGAAUUUCCCUUCAGCACCAUCAGCUGUUAAACCUGCACCAAAUGCUGUCCAGACAUCCAGAAGUAUAAGUCCUGCAAAUGUUUCUAAUAGUGGUACAUCAAAUGUUGAUCUUUUACUUGACUUGGGGCCAAGUGACACAUCAUCAGCCUCACCUCUGGCCCCUUUACAAUCACAGACACAGAAUUUACCAGACCUUUGGGGUGAUUUCACUGGAGCCAGCAGCAGCAGUUCAGUCCCUCCUACAAAUAAUAACACAGCAAUGGAUGACUGGGUACAGUUCUGAUGUGCGUUGCCGGUUCAUGUACACCAACCUGAAAAAUGGUUGUAGAUUCAGGUUGUUUUUAGCUGAAAGAUUGCAGCUCUUGCUAGCUGCAGUUUAUGUUUCUAGAUGAAAGAGACUAGAUCUUUAAACCUUAGCUGUCUACAUUGGUUUAAGUUCUUAUUUAUGCUGAUAUAAGCUGGAAUCCAGAGUGACUUUAUUUCUUUUAUUGAGAAAUUCCCACAUACCAUUAUUUUAUUUUAUUACUGAAUAGAUAAUGGUCUGGAUUUUAGCAUCAUGUUUUGCUUUUUGAAGUUAAUGUGAAAUGUGCUGGUGAGAAAGUUCAGUUUGUCUCUAGAGAGAGUUUAAAGCAUAGAAAAUGCUUAUUAUAAAUGGAUCCUUCUUUACAGUGUGGAUAAAUUAUUUUGAUUUUUGAAACAGUAUGAUCUCUAGUUUAUCAUAUAGUUUGGAAUACUUAGAAUGUCUUCAUGUAGAUCAGGCUCUUCUCAGACUGCCUCUUAGUGAUAUUUAAAACUUUUUUUUUUAAAAGGGAGGGGCAUAAUUUGGCUUAUGUUACAAAAAUAACAACAGUAACAAAUAGCAUUACAGGACCUCCAUAAACAGGAAAAAAAUCUAUAUAUUGACAAAUAGGAAAUUAGACGCCUCAGUAGCAUGAGUAGAUUUUAAUUUAAGCCUUCAAGAUUUCUGUUUACCUGUUAAUGAAAUAAUUAAAUAUAUCCAUUAUGUAAACUCUGUUCAUCAGGUACAUUCCAUCAGUAGCACUGUACAGGAAGUAUUCAUCAUAGGGCACUUAUUAUCCACUGUGGUAUUAAAACCAUUUUUAAAAUAUGCAUUUGUGUAUGCAAAAUAAAUGCGUUUCCGAGUCAUGAUUGCGUGUUAUCUUGACCCACUCUUAUUUUGCAUGCACACACAUUAUUAAUAUUUUGUAAGGAGGGAUCAAAGCUGCGCCUGCCUUUCUUUCUCUCUUUCACUCACACAGAGACAGCAGUUUGUCUUGCUCACUCUUUAGUGCACAGUCUUAGGACUAAGUUGAAACCUAUUCUUUCUAACUUCGGAUCUUUUCAAAAUACUCUCUACUGCAGCCACCAUUUAAAAAAAUAUUUUACAAUUUUUUAGAAACAGCAUCUGGUGUUGAAGAAAAUGAAGCUAUUUGGGUAGGUUUUCAUUCUGAGUAUCUGACCUGCAUAAUACAUCAUUGUCAUAGUUUUAGCUUAUAUAUGGAAGCAUAAACAGGAAGGCAUCGAAGAGAUUAAAUUCACAAAGCUGUAAACCUCAAGAGUAACCAAAAUUAAAUUUUCAUUAUAGGGUAAUUUUCUCAAUGGAAUCUUACCCUGCAACCGAAGAAUGUUUUAUGUUUCCGUGUUUAACUGUGUCUAACAAAUUUCAUUAAAAGUUACCUAUCAAAGGGUGUGUAUAGUUGAUACAGUAAUGCUUAUGCCGAAAAAAUACUGUGUUCUAGAAUGUGUUAACCGGUUUAUUUUUCAAGGAAUUUGUUCUCAAACUCUGUUAACAUCUGGUUUUUUGACAAAAAUGGUGUUGGAUUGUUCUUUAGAAAAACUGUGUAAAAGCCUUAUAUCUAACUUGUUAAAUGUGUACUUGUAUCGAACUCACAUAAAUUCAUCCUAUGAACAUGUGCUCAUACAUGCACAGAUUUGACGUUAAGAGUAUGUGGAGGAGGGUGAUAAAUGUUGUCAGUCAGAUGUUUCUUUACUAUCCUGGUUUCAUUAACACUGAGUCUGGCCAAUGACUAUAGCUGACAUGCAACUUUGGUCUUUACCUGUUCUCACAUUGGUUAGUAUUAUAGUUAAUUCCAUGGUGGCAGGGGUGUUAAUGUGUUAGAAAUCUUGCUACAUGUCUCUUGUGAUUCUAUGGUAAAUUGUCAUUAAUUGUAGUUUAAUCCACAAAAAUAUAGAGUUGUUUCCUGCAGAAUUUUCCAAAGAAAUUGCAACAUGAAUGUAUGUGCAAUGCAGACAUAAGUGUUGGUUUUCUGCUUGUAUACUUUCUUUAUAAAACCUUAUUUUCUCCAGUCUUGCUGUAAAACUGACAGGUUGUUAAGUCUUUUUCCUUUAUUCUGUUUAAAUGUUUGAGACUGAAUAUCGUUGAUGACAGAUGAUUCAUUUAUUUAUAGUCUGAUAUGUGCUGCAGUGUGUUGUAUGAUAGCAUUUGAGUUUGGUGACUGGUGGAUGGGACUGUCAGGGACAUAGGUGUGACUUUCCAGUUGGCACCAAGUCUUGUCACUGUCUUGAAUGUUGAGUGGUAUAAAACGAGAGAAUUUUGUCAGACUGACCAUUCAUUCUUUUUUUUUUUAAAGUAAUCUUGUGCUAUGUAUAUAUUGAUUAAUACUUAGAGAUACAGCUGGAUCAUAAUGUAGAUGAAGCAAAGAUGAUUUCCAAUUGUAAAUUAUUCUUACAGCAUUUAUGUCCAUUGUUUACUAGGAUUCCCUUGGUAGUUUAUUUUUAUGGUUUUAAAACUUUUAGCAAUGAAAGGAUGUUAUUCUUCAAGAUUAAACUGUUUUUGUGUUAAUGCAAAUAAAUAUGAGUGUGCAUAUGUGCAUGCUUUGCUUUCAUUUGCAUAACAAACUUUUCAUGAAUGUUCAAGCUCUUCAUCACCUUUCCAACCAAUCAUUACUGAAAAGUUACAUUCAGCUAUACCCAAUGUCUCUUGUAUCCUUUUUCACAUAUAGCAAAUUAGAUGGCACCUCAUCUCUGUUCCUCUUGUCUUAACAAUUAAAAAUUGCAGUUGUUUCGUC